CAUUGUCGGUCGUGCCUUUGCAUGUAAAGGCUCAAGUGUCGUCGACUGCAUCGGAGCCUGAACUUGAGGCAAGCAAAUGGCGCCGGCGGUCUUAUCUGCAUCUUUACCCCACUCAACCAGAGUACAUUUCCGACCUCGCUGAAUUCUGGCGGGUGGGGUCCCAUCGCAUCUUUUGCUCCGCCGACGACUUGCCGUUCCACCGAAUAGGUGAGCAGCAUUCAUUUUCGUUCACAGCGCUGACAGCGAAGGCAAACCAGGAGACGAGAGAUUGGAAAUGCGUGCUGAAUGGCGGUCUGUAGCAGUACUUCUAGCGGUGAUAUCGCUUACUGGCUGUGCUGCGACGACCAAUGGCUACGGAGCUGGGCACGUCCAGGCACCAGACAAAGAGAAUUCGUUUACCAAGGUGAAGCCAGGCAGUAAUGGCUACGGCACCGUAACCUACGCGUCGGCGAGCAGCGACAGCAACGACAGAUCCGAGGACGCGGCCAACCGCCUCGCUCUAGAGGAAGCUCAAGCGCAGCACCCGAACUUGCGACUACGAUUAAGUAUCGGCAUCUAAUCCGCGGAGAAUCGACUCACAACCUGCCAGCCUGCCAUGUACAAUGCCACCCCUAUCUAUCAAUAUAAACCAAGCUUUCGAAAUUACUGGUAUUGCUUUGCAUGUACAGUGAGCGCUAUAAUAC